AUUCGAGCUACAUCCCAGUGACAGGAGCUGAGCCCGGGUGUCACAGUAGAGAGAAGCACAGACGGCACAGCUGGUCCGAGCUGCAGUUUUUAUCUGGGUGAAGUUGCAAUUAAAUGGCUGAUAAACAAAUCAGUUUGCCUGCCAAGCUUAUAAAUGGAGGAAUAGCCGGACUAAUCGGUGUGACCUGUGUUUUUCCAAUUGACUUGGCCAAAACUAGGUUGCAGAACCAGCAAAAUGGCCAGCGCAUGUAUACCAGCAUGUCUGAUUGUCUCAUCAAAACCAUCCGAUCUGAAGGGUACUUUGGCAUGUACAGAGGUGCAGCGGUGAAUUUAACACUUGUUACACCAGAGAAAGCAAUUAAAUUAGCAGCCAAUGACUUCUUCAGACAAGCUUUGUCCAAAGAUGGAAAGCUGACCUUGAUAAAAGAAAUGCUGGCUGGGUGUGGUGCAGGAACAUGUCAGGUCAUAGUCACUACCCCCAUGGAGAUGCUGAAGAUCCAGCUACAGGAUGCUGGGAGACUUGCUGCUCAGAGGAAGAUGAUGGCUGCCCAGGCAGGAGUAAAUGGAGUGACAGCAGAGCCAGUCCCAGCGCGGCCUACAGCCAUACAGAUAUCACGAGACCUUCUAAAGAGUAAAGGCAUUGCUGGGCUGUACAAAGGCCUGGGUGCCACAUUACUGAGGGAUGUACCCUUCUCCAUUGUAUAUUUUCCUCUCUUCGCCAACUUGAACAAGCUCGGUCAGAAAUCACCUGAUGAAAAGGCCCCAUUCUUUGUAUCGUUCCUCGCAGGCUGUGCUGCAGGAAGUAUAGCUGCUGUAUCUGUUAAUCCUUGUGAUGUGAUUAAAACAAGACUACAAUCAUUACAACGUGGAGUCAAUGAGGACACAUACUCAGGAAUUGUAGACUGUGCCAGGAAGAUUUGGAGGUAUGAGGGUCCUGCUGCCUUCCUAAAGGGUGCUUACUGCCGUGCUCUAGUCAUUGCUCCACUCUUUGGCAUUGCUCAGGUUAUCUACUUCAUUGGAAUAGGUGAAUACAUCCUUGGAUGUUUACCCUCAAGGCAUGAUUAAUGUCACUGCAAUGACCUCAAAGCCAUGCCUCAUGAGUAUUGUAUUUUGAAGGGGGUAUCAAGGUACUUUGAUUUUGGCUCCUUGUACCACAUGCCAACCCCCUUCCAGCCUAAGUGGAUUCUUUCUGCCUCUGCAUAUCUGUGAGGGGAUGGAUUCCAGAUCAUUACAUACCACCUCUAUUUCUAAUGCAGUGGUAUGGUCCAAAGCUGUCCUGAAUUGCUGCAGAACAUUCCCACCAAUCAGAGCUCUUUAUGAGUAAAGUGAGGAUACAUCUUCUUAAAGAAGCAACAAUGCUACAAAAAAAUCAUUAUUUUAUGAAUUUGAGGCACUUUUAACCCUGAACUUGCUGAAUGUGUUGUUACAGGGGCUUUUUAAAGAUGGCAAUGGUCUAUCUUUUAGAAAUAACAUACCUCUUCAUCUUAAACUAUGAUCUUUUCACUGCUGCAGAUAUCUGCAACAUAUAUUAUACACCUAUUCUUUAUAUAUUAGAAAAUGCAUUUAUGUGCACUUCCACAUGUCCAAAACAAGUAAAACAAAAAACAGAUCCAUUUACCAUACAAAUGAAACAGAAGGCUUUGGCAAGAACUAAGGGCCCAAUUCUCUAAAGCUCUCUGGUCUGGUGAGAUUAUCUAAGAAGGCUCAUCAGCACUUUGAGGUUUGUCAAAAACAAUUAGAAAGGCAAAUUUAACAUUGAGAGCUGUUUAUCUAGAAAUGCAGGGUUCUGUAUGCAAAGAAAAGCUCCUACAUUACAAAUAUACUCCGAAAAAAGUCCAUUGUUUUUGCACAAUUUGUUUCCAUGCUGGUGAGUUUUUAAUAAUCAGGCCCAUACGCAUUUAUUAUAUAAUAAUUAUUUAUUAUGGCCUUUUUAUGUCAUUGGGAUGAUCAGGUGACAUCAAAAACCUUAAAGGGACAUUGUUGUACAAAACUAAAAUUCUGCUAUGGCUAAGUAAUAGAAGCAUUUACACGUGUUGAAAUUAUUUUUUUGUCCCAGAAAAAAAAUGUUAAGUAAAAGACACUAAUACUGCAGUAUUCGUUUGGUACAUCCUACUAAUAUUCACUGGCUAGUGACAUUCCUCUGCAAGUAAAACAAAAAACAUUUAUUCUGGAACGGUGCUUGUGUCUUUCAAGAAACUGGAAAACACUUUGAAAUAACCCUAAGCUGACACUCUAAUACCAUAAUACAAGUUUAUACGCUAUGUAUGUUAUAUCACUAAUGCACAGUUAUGUUUUUUUGUUUAACAUUAAAGGUACAGUCUACAUCAGAAUUUUUUUAUUGUUUUAAAAGAUAAUCCCUUUAUGAUCCGACCCAUUCCCUAGUUUUGUAUAACCAACACAGUUAUAUUAAUAUACUUUUAGCUAUAAUCACCUUUUAGCUAUAAUCACCUUUUAGCUAUAAUCACGGGCUCCAUUUAUCAAGCUGGGAAUGCAGCUUCGGAGGCACUUUGCAGGAUCUCUUAGCUGGUGGAUUACAAAAACCAUAGACACGUUCACCCAGUGUGAUUGACAGCCCCUACUCAGACUAGCAUGAGCAAGAGGCAGCAUUGCACAGACGUGAUCCCAGGCGGACAUGUUAACGGAAUCGAACCCUGUCCAUCCAGAUUAUGUUAAAUGUGGACUUGGGGGUUUAUUUAUCAAAUGCCAGACGGACAUGAUUCGCUGCAGCAAAUCAUGUCCACCUUGCAUCGCUAGAUGCCGACAGUAUACGCCGUCGCCAUUAAUCAUUGCACAAGUAUUUCUGGUGAAAUGCUUGUGCAAUGCCGCCCCCUGCACAUUUGUGGCCAAUCGGCCGCUAGCAGGGUGUGUCAAUCAUUCCGAUCGUAUUGGAUUGGGAUGAUUGCAAUCCGCAACCUAAAAGGCCGCUGCUUCUUAACUUCUGUUUCCGCAGCAUCCGCUGCUUGGUAAAUUGACCCCAUGGUAUUAAAAAACAAAUCUUUUAUUCUAUUAAUAUGAAAGAGCAGCAUUAACACAUCAAAAAUAUAUAUAUUUUUUGGAUGAAGAGAUGUCAUGCAAAAGCUGUUUAAAUCAAAAUGAAACUAAUGUUGCAGUAUCGGUUUUGUACAGCAAUGUUACUUGCUCUAACAGUUUGAGGACAUUUGAAACAGGGAAUUCUGCACCAGUAAGUCAAUCAAAACCCUGUUCCUAAAAAAAUGCAUUUAGAAAAACAUAUUUAUGAUUGUUUCCCUUAACACAAAAAACCUUUGCUAGUUGGUUAGUUUUGCCUUUGAAGCUGAGAAUGCUGUUUUCUCACAGGAGUACAUGAAUGAAAUAAAAAACAACAGAUAUAUGCAAUUAUAAGGCUAGAAAACCUAAUUAAAGAUAUAAUGGGACAGGCAAAUAAGCAUGGGGUAUGCAUAAGAUAAACACAUUUAAAGGGACAGUAAACACCUUGAUGUUUUUAUAUAAAAUGUUUACUUAUACAUAGUGAAACAACUUUGCAGUAUAUUUUCGUUAUUUAUUUUGCACACCUUUUUAUGUAAUUUAGCUCUGAAAAAAAUUCUAGUUCUCAGAGCAUAAAAAGCACCCUGACUUAUCAAAGGCUAACAAAUACAUUUUAUACUAACUAUGCCAGUGGUUAGCCUUGUUGUCUGCAUACUGAAGCUCAGAUUAGCUCCUCUAAAUAAAACAAACUGUGAGUGGAGUUUGGUUUUUAAAAAACAACUGCAGUAAAAAGGGUGUUAAUCUGUUUUAAAAAAGUUAAGACUUGGCUGAUGUUCUAUAGCAACACAACAUAAAUGCCUAGUAAUUAUAAUAUGUUUUCUGUCCCUUUAAUCACAGACUUCUUGUUUUGGACUUAUCAGUUAGGUGCUAGUUGGAAUUCAAAUUGCCAGAUGUGUCUCAGAAAAUUAAGUUAAUUUAAAGCAGCUAUAUGGUUAUUAAUAAUAAGCCAGUGCUCUUUUCAUUUAUUAUUUUAAAAAUGCAUCUGUAUGGUAAAAGUGGAAAUAUUAUGGACAUGUUUGUACCAAGCACUCUGCAAACCUUACAGUAUAUUGCAGUCCGAUGUGACAGUGAAAUGUGAUUUUCUGGUUUGUUAUAGCAGCUGACAUUUUCAGAUAUCCUAUAACUGUUCAUGAUGUGAGAAGUGAAAUAAUUGUGUAACAUGGUGAGUAUUGUGUGUGAGGAGUUGUAACAUUCCCAUUGUGUGUGAGAUAAGUUGGACCCUAUAGAUCAGUGGUUUCCAAACUUCUUCAGGUCACUGCCCCCUUGGUUUCAUAAUCGCACCAUCAGCGCCCCCUAAUUACCCUGUUAAAUUCAGUAAUAUUCAGACCAGCAGUGCGCAACCCCUAAACUUAAUGGCACAAUACAAAUUUUUUUUUGGCCUAAUUAAAACUGUAUUGUCUUGAUCUUCUGCCAUCUUUUAAUAUCGAUAGUCACUGUGCAAGAGUUUUAAGUGCUAUGUAGUGCACCAACAGAUUAUUUCGGAUGACAGAAGACUUAAAAACCUUAGAUGGUUGACUGUAUACAAAGUACUCAGACAAGCACAACAGGUCAUUGCUGUGUUUCCUGCUACUACACAAUGAUUCUAAACUAGCAUUCUUUUCUACUAGCACCCCCUAUGGUGCUGCCUUCCACCUCUUAUGCCAAUUAGUGAUCCCCACGGGGGCAGUACCACCCACUUUGGGAACCACUGCUAUAGAUCAAUGUCAUAAAAUACCUGCUCUGAUACUGAAAAGCUGUUUUUAUGUUUUCUUCAUCGGUUUGGGGACAAAUCUUUGUUAAAGUAAAUUCCUUAAAUGGAAAGUGUACUGUAAAAUUUGUUCUCCUUUACUUUGUCCCUGGAGUGUAUUACAUUUGAAAAAGGUGAAUUUAUGAAAUAUUUAGCAGAAAAAAUACACUCCCAGAGGGGGAUGAGAAAGAUGGGUACUAAAAUAUUCAUUUUUAAUUGUUAUUUCAGAUAGAGAUAAGGAAGCCUUUGUGUUUAUAUACAAUAGUUAGGGAUAAUGAGAGAUUCUUCCUACAUGCUUAUUCCAUUUUAAUGGGUUGUGGUUUCAAAGAGCAAAAGUGUGUGUAUAUAUAUAUAUAUAUAUAUAUAUAUAUAUAUAUAUAUAAACCCAAAGGAACAUAUCUCUAUACAUUUUAUACAUUAGGGGAAACCAGUUUUACAGUACAGUAUCCCUUUAAGUUGACAUAUAAUGUAUAAUACCAUAGUAUCCAUAACAAAAUCAAUAAUAUUUUUUUUGUAGAGGAUAACAUAACAUAAAAUAUACCAACAGAUAAAAAUGCACUAUUUGAGACUGCUGCUUUCUGUCAGGAUUGUGAAGAGUUAAUUUGUUUAAGAAUGGGAUCUGAGAAAUUUUGGACAAAUUAUUGUUAUUAUUAUUAUUUAGAGUGCAGUUUAGUAUGUGUGAGCAAAUAUGAUGCUGUUACUGCCUAUAUUAAUCUUUUAUAUAUCAUAGAUCAGAGGCUUCUACUUAUUGUAAAUGUACCUUAUAUGACUCAUCUUGCUAUUAGAUAGUAAUAGGGUGUAUUUUGUUUAUUUUCGUUUCUUGGUAUUACUUCUGCUGUUGCUUUCACACAAAAUAGUAAAAGGUUGCAAAUUGCCAACAUAGGGAAUCAUAUCCAGCAUAACCUUUCAUUUAAAGGGACAUGAAACACUUUGGGUUUGUAAUGCAAUUUUUUUUUCUAAUCAUGCAUAUUUUGAAAAAUCAUUAUUUAUUUUGACACCUUUUCCUGUAAUUUAACUCUGAAAAUUGGAAAUGUUCCAAUUCGGAGAAUUCACAAGCCUAAUCCUGCUACAUCUGUCCACAUUUGGCUUAAGCCGAAGUGAUGAUAAGAUAUUGCAAAAUAAUACAAGUUUUUAAUAAUAAGAUGACAGUGGGUCUACUCCAGUAAUACGUCUUGAUUAGCUCCUGUAAAUAAGUCAGGUUUGGAGAUUGGACAAUCAAAAAAUAAUUUUAGCAAACAAGUUGUUAAUAUAUUCAGAAAGUUUUCACACUUGACUGGCAUGUUCAUUUAUUGCAAAUCAGUCUCCAGAAUCCAUAUGUAAGGAGGGUAUUCAGUUACAAGUAGUGGAGCCACUAAUAAUUGCCACAACCUACUAAGGAAAUAAUGAAGGUGUUUAAUGUCCCUUUAAUUCAUUUGAAGGAAUUUAACAUUUUCAGAAUACGUUUUCUUAUGAGUCCAGAAGUAUCAUAUCUUUAACUCUAGUUUCAUAUACUAGUAGGUUCUAUUUUCAUAGGGACACCUGCUCUACAUAAGACCAAAGUAACCUCAUUACAGUGAUUUGCGUAGUAUACAACAAAAUAAUUAAACUUUUUGUUAGUCUCAAGAACUAACUAAAGCAGACAUCCUCAAAGGUUUUGGAACUACAUUUCCCAUGAUGCUCAGCCAGCUUAUAUGCUAGCUGAGCAUCGUGGGAAAUGUAAUUCCAAAACCUUUGGAUGGCCAAGUUUUAAGAUGUCUGAUCUAAAGUGAUUAUAAAGACUUUUUUCUUUCUCAUGGUAAACAAGUGUAUGUUAGAUGUCCUGCUAUGGCUCACAAUUGCUAUCAGUAAUUACAGAGCAACCUGUGGCUCUCAGAGUGCCCUUAAUGUAUUAUGGCGGCUUGAUAAUCAAACCUGGAAACUACAAGUGUUUAAACCUUGAGUAUCCUGAUUCCAUGGAAUGCAGUUACCCUUUUAUUUACUGGAAAACUGAAGAUCAACCUGUGAUCUCUAUGCAUUUGAUUUUGAGGGCUUUAGUUUUAUUUUGCUAAUGAUACAUAUACAUUAUUAGCGGACCAAGUAACAAUAUAUUUUUAAGAGCCUCAAGGUGAGUAGAAUCAGAUAGUGGUAGAGAAGAUUUAAAUCAGAAGAUGGCUCACAAUAAAGCUAAAGAUGAUAAAAUGUCCUCUUAUCUUCUAUUAAAAAAUAUGUAAAAUAUAUUCUGUAAAAUGGUUUAUAUUGGUGUAUAUAGGUGAGAAUCACAUUGGACCACAGCAACACGUACUUCGGUCCUAUUUUUCAGAAUGAGUUUGAAUUUAAAAUGCACAUACUGUUGUGUUAAAUAUGUUUCAUUCCCCCCCUCUGAUUAAUAAUCAUGUUCUCAGUAAUUUAUGCUAAUAUUCCUAGUUCCCAUGGCCUUAAUUCACUAAAUAGAGUAUGUUCUCUUGUGAGAAACAUUAUUGUCCAUUUCUAUUGAGUUUGAGGUCAUUGUAAGAUAUGGUUAUGGAAAAAUAAAGAUAAAAAAAACAGUUUAUCUAUUCCUUAUAUAUGACAAUAUGGAAGCCUAACUAUACAAAGACUAAGUGGUACAGAAGUUAUGUUUUUUUUUUUUAAUGCUAUUUAGUUUUACAUUCCGAUUUUAUGAAGCAAAAGCCUUAUAUUUAUUUAAAGUUGUGACAAUGAGCUAGGUGACUAGCUCUAGACUGGCAAAUGAAAAGCAUGGUAAAUGUUUUAUCCAGUUAUAAAGGAUAUUGAAGAUGAAUAUAUCAUAGUAUAUAACAGCAAGGUUGCUCUCUUAUUGAAGUAUACCUCAGAACAGUCUAAACAAUAAUUGCUUGAUCAGUGCAGGGGCUUAUUGAUAUCUCUUCCCAACUGGCUACAGCUGAGGAAAUAAGAGAUAUCAAUAAGGCCCUGCACUGAUCAAGCUAUCAUUGUUUAGACUGUUUUGAGGAAUACUUCAAAAAGAGAGCAACCUCACACUUAUUUAAAAAUAAAGUAGAAAAUGUAAUAAAAUACAAAGUCAGAGACAGGAGUUGUAGUUUACAUCUAUUUCAGAUCUUUCUUGCGUUAAAGAACAUAUCCUGUUGCAAGGUCAGUUUUAUGGAUCAUGCAGGAUCCUCUCCAGUCUCUAGAGGGCAGUUCACAAAACAAUUUCCAGAGUUAAAUUACAGGAAAAGCUGUCAAAAUAAAUGAUGAAGUAACAUUGCAAAGGUUACUACACAUAAUUGAGCAUUAGAGUUUUUUUUGCCCCUUUAGAGGGACAUUAAAUUAUUUUGUAAUUGCUUUCCUAAUCAUAAAACACUUAGGAUUAUUGCCUCAUGGUAUCUACUAGAUCCACUAUAGUUUCCUGAUGAACAAGUUCUCAUAUUAAUGAAUCUGGGUCCAUGCCCUUUUAAAGAAUUUCAACAGACCUACAUUCCACUGUUUUCAUGCACUUAAAAGGUUUGUUUAUAACCCUACUUGUUUCUCUUUUUUUAUAUUGUAUUAUUUGUGUUUGUUUAUGUAUCUUCAAAUUUGUGUUAUCUCUGGACCUGUAACCCAUCAUUAUGUGAAAAGUAUUGUGCUUAUCAGGACAAUGAAAUGUCAUUUUAAAUGCUGCUUUGAAAACAAUACAAAAAAAAUAUUUUAAAGAUGUUUUACAGAAAAUAGAUUGUACUUUUGUUUGUUGUAUUGUCAUGUAAAAUAAUAAUAAAAAAAACAAACUCACAACCCUGA